AUGGUAGCCCUCAACGGGCGUCGCUUCGAUACCCUCAAGACAAUGACUCAAGCCGAGCUUUGCGAGUGCAUCCACUCCUCCCGGCUGCAGCAGCUCGCCAACAAUGCGGUCGGGCUCGCGCAAGCUGCGCUCGACGACGACGCGGCGAUCUUGCUUGGCAAAAGCCACCGCGAUCGCACAUCCGGCGACUCCAGCGCCGACUACAAGAACGUCAGAGGAUUUUGA